AUGAAGUGCAUUCUCGCCAUCACCACGAUUGUUGCGCUCGCCGCUGGCGCCUGCAACAAGAGCAUCAACGUGAAGAGUCAGACUGACAUCAACACUAUUAACGAGUGCGAGAAGUUCCAGGGCAAUGUUGUUAUCGACGGUAUCGCAGGCCUUGACACUAUCAGCAUCGAUAACCUGAAGCAGAUCAGCGGUAAUAUCAUCAUCCAGAACAUGUACAACCUGCAGACCGUGUCCCUCGGCAAUCUCGCCUCUGCCAACUCGCUGAAAAUCCUGAACAACACCAACGUCUAUAAGGUUGACAUCCCCAGCCUCACCAAGGUCAGCGACUUCCAGGUCAUUGUCAACCCCAACUUGAAGGAGAUGAACUACAAGAACAUCUCGUCGGUCGAUAACUUCCAGAUCAUCAACACGUACGUUUCUGAGCUCGGUGCGUUCACUGCCCCCAGCGUCGAGAACAUUGAGGUUCUGUCCAACCUCCAGCUGGUUAAGCUCGACUUUAGCUCGGUCGGCAAGGCCUCCGGUUACAUCAACAUUGCCAACAACGGCAAGAACGCCAACAUCACCUUCUCGUCGCUGACCAAUGUCGGUGGCAACGCCUCGUUUGCCGAUGCGGCCGCGCUCAACAUCAACAAGCUGAGCACCAUUGCUGACGACUUCUCGCUGUACACCAACUCGUUCAAGAACCUGACCGUCGGCCAGCUGACUGAGGCGCAAAAGUCCGUCACUCUCAGCGGCAACAAGUUCACCUCCAUCAGCUUCCCCAAGCUGAAGGACAUCGGCUCGUCCCUAAACAUUGCCAACAACACUAACUUCAAGUCUGUCGACAAGAAUACGUUCCCCGAGCUGACUACCAUUCCCGGAAGCAUUAUCCUGGUCGGCAGCUUCGAUAACAUUACCUUCCCCAGCCUCUCGACGGUCGACGGUUUGGUUAGCCUCAGCGGAAAAGGCAGACUCUCUUGCGAGGACGCCGAGGACGCCCUUUCUGCUGCCAGCAACAUCGACUGCGAGCUGGAGACUAUUGCCGACGAUAGCGAGUCCGAUGGUGAUGAGGAGAAGGCCAGCAGCUCCAAGAGCAAGUCGAGCAAGUCGGCAGGUGUGUCGCACUCGGUUACCUUUGCCGCCUUCUUUGGUGGUGCUGUUGCCCUGGUUGCCGCCUGCCUGUAAGUUCCAUUGGACUACGGUUUGCAAGCAGAAUACCCAUUUCCGUGGCGCGCCCCCCUUUAUUCUCUCACCUGUACUGUCUGUGCAACUGAUGAGCAGAUCUUGUAGAAACAGUGUUGCUGGCUGGUCUGGCUUUUGAUGCCGUGCGCCUAUUGCUGGCAGGCACCAACAUCCCUUUUCAUACUGGUCGCUCUGAG